CCUCAAUCUCGUGAGUGUGACAUCCGGGCAUUCGAUGCGUGAAUUUGUUGCGCACAAAUCUACGAUUCUGUCGUCGGUAUAAUACUUCAGAAAAUUUCUGCAUUACGUGAGAUUCUACGCUAGAGAGAAAAAACAGUCAUGUCAGGAAAUGAUGAACAGAUUGAGUGCCCCCUAUGUAUGGAACCAUUGGAAAUUGAUGAUAUUAAUUUCUUCCCAUGCACAUGUGGAUAUCAGAUUUGCAGAUUCUGUUGGCAUAGGAUAAGAACUGAUGAAAACGGUCUUUGUCCAGCUUGCAGAAAGGCAUAUCCAGAGGAUCCAGCUAAAUUCAAUCCUCUCACAGAAGAUGAGUUACAGAGGAUAAAGAAAGAAAAGCGUCAAAAAGAUCGCAGGAAAACAGAAAGCUGA